AAAUUACCCUUUUGCACCAUUUGGUGCUUGAUGAAUUUUUUUUCUGUGUCUGCCUUCUAGGCACCUGGAGAUCUUGUUCCAUGCUGUAUUUUCAAUUGGAAAUUGUGUUCUGGAGUUCAUGUUGCUUAGUAUGAAAGACAGAGUGAGCCAAAGGCAUUUCUUAAUCUUCCUUUGCCAUUGAUUCCAUUUUCUUCACUGCAAGAUUUGGGGGGGGGGGGGGGGGGCUACUCAUUACAGUUUUUCUGAUACCUCUUUAUUUUAAAUUUCAUUGAUAGCUCUCUGCUCAGAAAUAAAUAGGAAUCCAGAUGGUACAGUGUUUUCCCCAGCUUUCAGGCACAGUGCUAGAGGGUUACAGAGCAGAAUCUGAUCAUCUCCUGGGAGUGGGAGACUGAUGAUAUCUACAGAAUGAUCUUUAAAGAGAAGACUAAAGUAGGCUGAUAAGCUAUAGGUUUAGUCUUUGAUUCAAAGACUACUGGGCUUUGGAUUCAAUAUCAGCACAAACUAACUACUUAGUUUACUAUCUGUAGGUACCUUUCCAGUUCACUGUCCACAUCAAGCAAAAUGGAAAGCUCCUGUCUUUAUAGAACUUGCUUAUUCUGUCCUCUGCAAGUAACACCUUCCCUGUGGUUGGCUACUGUGGCUGACGCUACUGAUCUUUGGAAAAACAUUUUUGAGUUGUAUAACUUGUUUUCCAAGGAGGCUCGUCUUCUAUCUUUGCUGCUGCUGUAGGCUAAUUUGGAAAGGCUUCUUUUCUUGCAAAAGUGUCUGGCCACUCUCAUGAAGCAUACUCAGAGCACAAAACCAGCAGUAUGCUCAGUUAUUUCAUAACCUUUUCCCUCUCUCUUCCCUGCUGCCAGCGUAGAGGGUUCUUCUGUUAACAAGGCCCUGUUUGAUUGCAUCAGUCCAAACUGUCAGGCCACACUGUAGAUGUGAUUUUAAUAUACAGCAUGAACAUAAUGUUUCCCAAGGGAGUACUAUACUCUUUUGUCUUAUCCCUUGAUGUUAUUUCUCAGUACAAAAUGACCACUGAUUAAGUGAAUGCUGUUUCUCAUAGUACAUUAUGAUGCAAGCAAGAACAAUGUGUAUUCUCUAGUACAAGCCAGCUUUGUUGCUUUCCAAGCAUUUUUGGUGAAAUACAUCCAACAUCUGUCAGAUGAUUGAUCUACCUGAAGAACUUCUCAAACUUCCCAGAAAAAUGUUCGGAAAACCUCCUGAAAAUUACCUGGAGGCUGAAGCCACUUUAUUGAGCACUUCAGACAGGGCAGUGCAGUUGCCAAGACUAGUAUUUCCUCUGUUAGGGUAACUUCUCAGAGACUACCAUCAGGUGGUAAGAGAAGACCUUCCUUCUGAAGGGAAAGAUUUUAUUUUCAGGAAGGUUUAACAAAAGGUAUAGAAUCUUUUUGAUUGUUGUGACUGAUUAGCUUUUAAAAUCUACUCCAAUGAGAAAGAGACAAGGUGAUUUUUCAUUUUAACUGCUUCCUACCCACCUGCCACCCAUCUUUGUCAUCCUCCCUUCCUUUCCUUUCCCUCCUCUUCCUUUUUGAUUUUGUCAGCACCUCUUAAUAAUGGGGGAAGAGAUCAGGAACUGCAAAGGCAGGCGAUAAUUUUCUGAUGUUGGUACUGAUAAUCUCUGUAGUUUGACCUUCUACACUGAGACAGCACUUCUGAACAUGCACCUGAGAAAUGUGAAUGCAAUUUCUGUCUCCAGCCUCCUCUGAUUCUUUACCCUACAUAUUUAGUCAAGUUUCCUUAUCUUAUUUAAUAUAUUGCCAUGCUUAACUGAGAUACUUUGUUCCAAGGAUUUCUCCAUUUGUUUUGUUAACUUGAUGCUCUCCCACUGCCAUUCCCUUUUCAGGGACCUUUCUUAUGAGAACCUGCUCGAACAGGAGGUGAAGACUUGAAUGGACCUCCUGCUUCUCUCCUUUGAAGUCCAUGAACAUUUCUAUGAGUUUGAAUUUGAAAGGAACUAAGGAAAAUACCACUAAAAAGGGAGGAGGGAGACUGGCAAAAAAAAAAAAAAAAGUUCUCUGGUGCUUGGCUAUAUGUACUGUUGCACAUACAGAGUACAUUUUACAAUAAGACUUCAGGUGGUGGUAAAUCUUUCAUUUUAAAUGAUUCUAGCUAAUUUAAGAAUUAUUGUAAGUUCUGAAUGUUGAUACUAAGUACUGGAAAAGUUAAUGCGGCUAGCUGUACAAAUUUAGGUACGUGACAAGUAUCAGAGUGUAUUUGGGCUUCUAUGAGGAUGAUGUGUCACUUCAAGCAUUCAAGUGACAUUUUAUUUUUUGUCUUUAAUCUUACAGUAGUGAGCAGUCCACUAAAGCCAAAACACAAAAGGAAUUGCUGAAAACAUUACAAGAGCUGAAAGCUCACGUUCCUUCUGAAAAGAGAAUUAAAGGCAAAUCUAGUGUCCUAACGACGUUGAAAUAUGCCCUUAAAAGCAUUAAACAAGUUAAAGCCAAUGAGGAGUAUUACCAGUUGUUGAUGAUUAAUGAAUCCCAGCCUGCUGGACUCAAUGUGUCAUCUUACACAGUGGAAGAAGUUGAGACUAUAACCUCAGAAUACAUCAUGAAAAAUGCGGAUAUGUUUGCUGUAGCUGUUUCUUUGAUUACUGGGAAAAUUUUGUACAUCUCUGAUCAAGCUGCUUCUAUUCUCCGCUGUAAGAGGGGUUAUUUUAAAAACGCCAAAUUUGUGGAGUUCUUGGCACCUCAGGACAUCAGUGUGUUCUACACUUCUACAACCCCAUACAGAUUACCAUCAUGGAAUAUUUGCAACAGAGCUGAGUCUUCCACCCAAGAUUGCAUGGAAGAGAAAUCUUUUUUCUGUCGCAUCAGUGCGGGAAAGGAGCGUGAAAAUGAGAUUUGCUAUCACCCGUUUCGGAUGACUCCUUACCUUAUCAAAGUGCAAGAUCCGGAAAUAGCAGAGGACCAGCUUUGCUGUGUGUUGCUUGCAGAAAAAGUACAUUCUGGUUAUGAAGCACCCAGAAUUCCUCCUGACAAAAGAAUUUUUACAACUACACACACACCAACCUGUUUGUUCCAGGAUGUAGAUGAAAGAGCAGUACCUCUGUUGGGAUACCUACCUCAGGACUUAAUAGGAACACCAGUCUUGGUGCAUCUUCACCCAAAUGACAGACCCUUAAUGUUAGCAAUUCACAAAAAAAUACUUCAGUAUGGAGGACAGCCUUUUGACUAUUCACCAAUCAGGUUUUGCACUAGAAAUGGAGAUUAUAUAACCAUGGACACUAGCUGGUCCAGUUUCAUCAACCCUUGGAGUCGAAAGGUUUCAUUUAUUAUUGGAAGACACAAAGUUAGGACGGGUCCCUUAAAUGAAGAUGUCUUUGCCGCUCCCAACUAUACAGAGGAUAGAAUUCUUCAUCCCAGUGUUCAGGAAAUCACUGAGCAAAUAUAUCGACUAUUAUUGCAGCCUGUGCACAACAGUGGAUCCAGCGGAUAUGGAAGUCUAGGUAGCAAUGGUUCCCAUGAGCACUUAAUGAGUGUGGCAUCCUCCAGUGACAGCACAGGAAAUAAUAAUGAAGACACUCAUAAGGAUAAGCCAGUAGGUUUGGUUUCUCUUAUUCAAGAGGUUUGUCAAGAUGCCUGUAAGGUCAAAAAUAAAGGACAGCGUAUUUUCACUGACAAUAAAGCAAAACUGGAAUAUAAGAGAGAACCUUUUGCAGAAAAACAAAAUGGUCCUGGUGGUCAGGUGAAAGAUGUAGUGGGAAAGGAUACUGCAGUAACAGCUGCUCCUAAAAAUGUGACUACUGAAGAGUUGGCUUGGAAAGAACAACCUGUAUAUUCUUAUCAACAGAUUAGCUGUUUAGACAGUGUCAUCAGGUACUUGGAGAGUUGUAAUGUGCCUGGUACAGCAAAAAGAAAAUGUGAACCUUCAUCAAGUGUUGCAUCACUGAAUUCUGGAGUUCAUGAACAAAAACCAGCUGAUAAUGCUCUACAGCCUUUGGGAGAUCCUGCUGUAUUGAAGGCAUCUGGUAAAUCAAAUGGUACCCCAGUGGUUGGUGCUCACUUAACAUCUUUGGCUUUACCUGGCAAGCCUGAAAGUGUUGUGUCUCUCACUAGUCAGUGCAGCUACAGUAGCACCAUAGUUCAUGUUGGAGACAAAAAACCACAACCUGAAUUAGAAAUGAUAGAAGAUGGUCCAAGUGGAGCAGAACUCUUAGAUGGCCAACUUCUUGCCCCUCCAUCUAGCUCUGCGCAUGUAAAUCAAGAAAAGGAGCCGUUUAAAAAACUGGGACUUACAAAGGAAGUCCUUGCAGUGCAUACGCAAAAAGAGGAGCAGAGCUUUUUGAAUAAGUUUAAAGAAAUCAAGAGAUUUAAUAUUUUUCAGUCCCACUGCAAUUACUACUUACAAGAUAAACCAAAAGGACGGCCUGGUGAACGUGGUGGCCGUGCACAGAGAAAUGGCACUUCUGGAAUGGAUCAGCCUUGGAAGAAAAGUGGAAAGAACAGGAAAUCAAAGCGCAUUAAACCACAGGAGUCUUCGGACAGUACAACUUCUGGAACUAAAUUCCCCCAUCGGUUCCCUCUUCAAGGUUUAAAUACUACUGCUUGGUCGCCAUCAGACACUUCACAAACGAGCUAUUCAGCAAUGUCUUUUCCCACGGUUAUGCCUGCAUAUCCACUUCCUGUUUUUCCAGCAGCAGGGACUGUGCCACCAGCUCCUGAGACUUCACUCUCUGGUUUUAAUCAGUUGCCAGACUCUGGAAAUACUUGCCCUGUGCAACCAUCCCAGUUCUCUGCUCCCCUCAUGACACCUGUCGUAGCUCUUGUGCUUCCCAACUAUGUCUACCCAGAGAUGAACAAUAACUUACCACAAACACUGUACCACAGCCAACCCAACUUCCCUGCCCAUUCCACUUUCUCUUCACAGACAGUAUUUCCAACACAGCCACCAUUCACUACACCCAGCCCUUUCCCACAACAGGCGUUUUUUCCAGCACAGCCAUUCCAUUAUAAUCCACCAGCAGAGAGUGAAAAGGUUCCUGUCACAGAGCCACGAAAUGAGCCAUCCCGUUCCUGCACUCCGCAGUCAGUGGGUCCUCAAGACCAGGCUUCACCACCUCUAUUCCAGUCAAGGUGCAGUUCUCCUCUGAAUCUUCUCCAGUUAGAAGAAACCACAAAAACUGCUGAAAGUGGAGCUCCUGCGGGUUUACGUGGAGCUUUAAGUGAGGAAGGAGCCAUAGGCAAAAUCAUGACAACUGAUCGCUGUAAUGGAAAGGGAUCCUUACCAGUUGAAUCUCCAAUGGAUGCUCAAAAUAGUGAUGCACUCUCCAUGUCCAGUGUCCUGCUUGAUAUUUUACUUCAAGAAGAUGCAUGUUCAGGCACUGGUUCAGCUUCUUCGGGGAGUGGUGUAUCUGCAGCUGCUGAGUCUCUGGGGUCUGGCUCCAAUGGCUGUGGCAUGUCAGGCAGCAGAACAGGUAACACUGGCAGUAGUAGUGAAACUAGUCAUACCAGCAAAUACUUCGGGAGUAUUGAUUCCUCAGAAAAUCAUCAUAAAACCAAAAUGAAGGCAGAAAUGGAAGAAAGUGAGCACUUCAUUAAAUAUGUCCUUCAGGAUCCUAUAUGGCUUUUGAUGGCAAACACAGAUGACACUGUUAUGAUGACUUACCAGAUACCUUCACGAGAUUUGGAAACAGUUUUAAAAGAAGAUAAGCAGAAAUUAAAGCAAAUGCAGAAACUACAGCCAAAAUUUACAGAAGAACAAAAAAGAGAGCUUAUUGAAGUUCAUCCAUGGAUCCAGCAAGGUGGACUGCCAAAAACUGUUGCUAAUUCUGAAUGUAUUUUUUGUGAGGACAAUAUACAAAGCAAUUUUUAUACAUCAUAUGAUGAAGAAAUCCAUGAAAUGGACCUUAAUGAAAUGAUUGAAGACAAUGGGGAAAACAACUUGGUUUCCCUGAGUCAAGUCAAUGAAGAACAAACAUAGCCUUUGAGCCUGUUUUCACAGCUGCUUCAAAACUACAGUGAUGAUCCAUAAAGGUUUUAAUCUUGUAUCCAGCAAGACGAAUCCAGUUCAUAAAAACAAAUGUGUUUUUUCUUGCUCUAGAAGAGUCAUUUGUGAAUGAAUCUCUUUUUAAAUGGUGGCAAUCUCUUCCCAGUAAGGACAUUGUUGAAGAUGGUGUAGCUUUUCUUUAAAAAAGAAAGACUCCUAUUUUGCACUUACAUGCCUCAAGUAUUUAUAAACUAUAGAAAUGUUCAUUGAUGCCUACUGUUUUUUGUAGAGUGGGUUAAUGAGUACUGAAAAUCCCCUUACGUACAGACAGUUCUUCAAGUCUCCUUUUGGUAAUGAUUCAGCGUUAUAAAUUGUUCUAGCAGUUUUGCUUAGUGGCUCUUUAGCAUUGUUCUUAAUAUUUGAAGUGGUCCAGCAUAGUAGAAGAAAUAACCUUCAAGCAAAUAAAUUCACACUUGCCCUUCUCAUACCAGUUGAUCCCAUCCUCUUUGUUUCCUAUAGUUUUGAAUGUAGGAACCUUUUUUCUCUAAGAAAUGUUGAACUGAUUUUGUUAGGUGGUCUUGGGUUAAAAUACUUAUGUGAAUGUGUAAGAAGGUAUAGAUGAGUGCUGACAACUUUGUAGCCUUUUAUUUAAAUGGACACUGCAAUACUAUGAACUGUUUAUUACCUUGAAGCAUCAUUUAUGAGAAUUUAUACACAAGAAAUCUUUAUGCUUAAAGAUUUAAAAAACUAAGACCACAGAGGAUGACUGUAUGCUCCAGUGACAGUUAGACAAAGCUUGGUAUAACUUUAACCUUUAUUUCUGAUUUGUUCUGUUGGAGGUUGGCCAUCAGUUUUUCCUGUGUGGCUAAACAAAUAUCAAACUUGUAUGUGGCAAGAAAGGAUUAGACACUUCUUGUCAUUUGAAGAUCUUAUAAAAAAUAAUUGAUUUUGAGAAUAGCAUUGACUUUCACUAUAUUUGAAUUGCAUAGUCUAAAACUUAGCGUGGCUGGAAUCCUUUGCUGUCAAGGAUUUAAUUUCAAUGCCUCUGAGAUUGUGUUGACUUGAAUAUGUGUACUUUAUAUUCUUGUGCUGUUUAUACAUGUUGGAUGUGGGAAGAGAACACAAAAGAGCAACUUUAAUAUGUUGGUUAGUUAAAGGACGUUUAGUUGCAAUAUUGCUAGAUGUCAGCUGUAGGUCUUGGGGUGAAAAAUGUAUGGAGAAAUUCAAUUAACUUUGAUAUGUUUGUCUUAAAAUAUUUUUCAUGGAAAGCAUUUUCUUUGUUAUUAGGAUAACAUUUCUAUU